CAGGAAAAGAUGACCUUACUGUGGGUGCAACUACAAGUGGAGGAGUGAAUUUUUACCCCUGGACAAUAGAUAAUAAAUAUUACUCUGCAGAUAUACACCUCUGUGUAGUACCAAACACAUUUCUUGUUACUGGAGAUAUUGCUGAAUCUGUGCAAGCGUUUGUUGUGUACUUCGACAGCACAAUAAAAUCUGGACUUGAUAGUGUCUCUGAAUGGCUUCCCCUGACAGAAGAGUGGUUACCAGAAGUCAUGAUCCUGGUUUGUAACAGAGUAUCUGAAAAUGGUGUUAACAGACAGAAAGCUCAAGAAUGGUGUAUCAAGCAUGGCUUUGAACUGGUGGAACUUAGCCCUGAGGAACUGCCUGAUGAAGAUGAUGACUUUCCGGAGUCCACCGGAGUGAAACGAAUUGUACAAGCUUUGAAUGCCAACGUGUGGUCCAACGUAGUCAUGAAGAGCGACAGGACCCAGGGCUUUGGUCUUCUCAGUACGUUAGCAGGUGCAAACUGUAGCAUUGGGUCAGAAGAGAACCAAGAUACAGAAUCCAACCAACCAGCAGCAGACAGAGAAGCAGCCCAUUUAGAGAGCAGAGAAGACGGGGCUGGCACAAACAACCUGCCGAGUGACAGUGCUGUAGAUCCUAUGUUAGAUAUGGACAUUCAGGAGUUGGCCAGCCUAACCACGAGAGACGGUGACCUGGAAAACUUUGAAAGGCUGUUUUCAAAGCUGAAAGAAAUGAAAGAUAAAGCUGCAACGUUGCCUCAUGAACAAAGAAAACUACACGCGGAAAAGGUGGCCAAAGCGUUCUGGAUGGCAAUUGGAGGAGACAGAGAUGAAAUUGAGGGUCUCUCCUCGGAUGAAGAAAACUAAGUUCUUCUGUAGCUGUAAGCGACAGAGCAGUGCUAAAAGAGUGAUCUCCUGCAAUGAGUGUUUAUUGUGAAAAGCCCCAUUUAGCUUUAGUUGCUUUCUUUGGUUAAAGGAUUCUCUGUAUCACUGUAGUAAGUAACACAUUCCACAACACCUAAUUAUUAGAGUGGGUUUGUCUGACUGUUCAUUUAUUCUCUCCCAGAGAAGUUUGGAAGGCGAUGCAUGCAGUUAGAGGAAAUAAUAAUUAGUUUACAUUUUUCAAAUUAACAUUUUUAUUGUUUCCUCUUUUGAGUUUAAAUAAACAAAUUUACUCCCAGUUAUCUUUCUACAUAUGGCUGGUGGUUGUUAAGUGACUGCUUAAUUCUAAACUCCACAUUUUAGAUGUAGGCCUGUUUGAUGUUUUUAUGUAGCUUUAUAGCUGACUUACUAGUUAAAACAAACCAGAUUUAUAUGAGCCAUGAAGAGAAAGUUGCUGAAUUGUGCCCUGUUGAGGGAUGCGAUGCCAAGGCUGUAAGGUUGAUCCUGCUGUGUGCCAAAGCUAUUACAAAUGGCCCACAGGCUUUGAAUUCUGUUUGUGGUCCUUCCCUGGCAAGUCAGGUAUUGUGCCACACUCCCUGGCUUUCCGUUGAGAGACUCAAUUUGGGAUUAAGUGCAAGACAGAUUUUUGCUGCUGUUCCAGGGGUGAAGUUCCCUGCCCAAACCUUCUGCGGUGCUUGGCCUCUGAGGCCCAGCAGAACGCACAGACCUUCUGUGGGUGAAUUCUGCCCUAAAUACUGACAGAAAAGCGAAGAUGUGAAAAACCCCACCCUGUUACCUGGUGCAUUUGGGACAGGCUUACCUGGAGGGCACCAGAGGAUGCCUCUCAGAUGGCUGCUUCGUGGUCUCAAGGGUUAGAAACGGCUCCUUUGUCCUUAGAUUUAGUAUCUCAUCGUCCUGUGUAGUCCCACAGUCACGGGCUCAUGGGAGAGCAGCGAGGUAGAGGGCACCAGGAGGACGAGGAGGUAGGCACGGGCCAGUGAGGGAGCGAGGAGGAAGGGCAAGUGCCACCCCCCUCUCCUUUCCUGCUGCGAUGCAGCAGAGCCGUGGGGAGAAGUGCCAGCAGAUGCCCUGCAGAAGGACCGGCCUGGCCUGGCACCGCCUGGGUAACGGUGCCUGUCUUCCCUGGGAGCAUUUCCUGAUGAUCUGAAAAUCCACCCCGUUAAGCAAUCUUGCUUAGAAAUUUUGAAAUUAACUUUUCCAGCAUCUGUCUGCUCAUGUCAAGAAAUUUCGUGAGUCUUGGAGACAGUGGCUUUCUGUAAAUUAUUUGACAGCUUUAAAUUUUGAAAGCACUUUCACUUGAUGUUCUUGACAUUCAUUGCCUCCUCUUUUAAGAUUAAGCAAAGCUAAAAAAAUAGUCUUCUUGGAAUGCUGUAAAUCAUUUCCUGGGUAAAAACUGCAGCAUUUUCAACUCCUAAGAAAAAGAACCAAAGCCUUGUUAGUGGUUUGAAAAGCAUUUCUCAAAGACUGAGCAGUAGCUGCACAGUAGUAAAAUAACCCUUUGUAAGAAGAACUGUUCCUU